UCCGGGCCACGCGCUUUCCCCGUGGAGCAAGCGCGGGAGCCGCCGUAGCGGAGGGAGCCGGGCCCGCUCCCCGAGGCCCGCCGCCGCCCCGCUGCCAGGGCGCCCCGGCCGGCGCGGAGGUAGAGCAGGAUCAUUGCUUGCUUUGCUCCCCAGUCCCUGGGCUGAAAGAGAGAGCAUCAUCUAAUUUAGUCAGAAGUACAGAGUCUAGCAUCUCAGAUGAGUAUUUGGGGAGACCACAAAGAGAAGAGGAACGCAGCUGCUGAAUUGCAGUAGAACAAAAAAGGAUCUUAACUUGCCAAGAUGCCCAUCAGUGUUGAUGAUGUGAUGCAACUGUUCUGCCAUCUCUCUCAGGAGAAAGGGAUGAAAGCUGCUGUCAAACACUCUGGUCGAGGAGCACUGCUGGCAGGUGCAACAGCAUUUAUUGGGGGUCUCAUGGGAGGUCCACCUGGAAUCGCUGUAGGAGGAGCAUUUGGUGGAUUGCUUGGUGCCUGGAUGACUACUGGACAGUUCAGGCCGGUGCCUCAGAUUUUAUUGGAAUUGCCUCCUGCUGAGCAGCAGAAACUCUAUGAUGAAGCCAUUGUUAUUCUCAGGCGCUUAGACUGGACUGAUGUUGCUCAGCUGACUGCUCUUGUAAUGGGAAAUGCUAGUCUCCAGCAGAAGUUGACAGCAGUGCUGAUAAAUUACCUCUCCAAAGAGCUAAGAGCAGAUAUACAGUAUGGAGAAUAAACCUUUCCAGAGCAGGCUUUUUACACUGUAAUGAAUUUUACUCUGACAAUUGUGAUUCUUCAACAUAGCAAUUAUUAGUUAUUGGUACUAAUUAUGAAUGUAGGCAGAUCUACGUAUUAUUUUGGGGUUUGGGGUUGGGGUUUUUUGUUUGUUUUGUUUUGUAAGGAUAGUACUAGAUUACUGUGUUACCCUGACAUUGACUUGCUAUGUAAUUUUGAAUUACUCUGCACUAGGACUGAAUUAAAAAUCACUGAAGGGAAUUAUGCUUCUCUUACACUAAUGUAUCACUAAAUUUUCAAAGUAAUUGUGUUUUAUUUAGGAGAUCUAAUCCUGUUUGUGUAAGUGCUUUAAUUUUCUUUCGUGAAUGACAUAUAGGUGCCAAAGUAGCUAGGGCACUUUGAAGAAUUUUACGUACUGUCUGUUUCAGUCCUGUAAAAGAAAGUUAUAAGAAAGUAUGUUAUUCUACUGUGAACUCAAAGAUCUCAAUCCUUACUUAAUUAUUUGUUGCAUUUUUAUUGUAAUUCUUGAGUUAUUUAAUUCCUUUCUGUAAGAAGUGAAGCCAAUGCCUAAACAAGAUUUAAAGCAACAAGUAAAUAAACUGCACAGUCAGUAGCUUCUGGUGUCCUAGAAUGGGAAGGCAUGGCAAGAAUACACUUUCAAAAAAAUGAAAAAAUGUGGAGCUGAGUCUGCCAUUUUUGUACUAUCCCUAGGAUUAGGGUUGUCAUUUCAGCAUUGGUUUCUUGACUGAAUCUGAACAGCUGGUCCUCUGUUUUCAUUAAAAUAUUCGUAAGGAGCAUCA